GGUGAGAAACCCAACUCGUCACCAACACAAAGCCAGUCCAGGUUCCACUCUCCGGUCAGCGGAUUUGGUCCGGCCACCGUUCGUGGACAAUGUUACAGUUUCCGGGCUUCAUGAAACAGUACCCCUGGUCAACCAGGGCAAUUCCGACGUCGUUUCUGCUGCCGUCUCAAUGGCCCCAACCCCACAGCGAAGAGCUCCUCCUCGCCAUGGAGGAGGCCGAUUACGACGAAAAGUGUAAUGAAAUCCGAAAGAGCCACAGCCACCAGAUAAUGAUAGGGAAACCAACUGUCGAUGUUGAUAAAGAAGACUAUGAUAAUGAUGCUGAUGAUGAUGAUGUGGACAAUGCAGAGGAUUCCGAGGGUGAAGAGUUUGAGCAGGAAACCGGUUGAAAAUGCCUACAGCCCAAUCUUCUGUUUUUGGUUGGACAUUAUAAAUGAACGCCCGUUCCAUAUUCUUCUUUGGGGUUUGGAACACCAUUCUAUUCUCUUAAACAAAUAUAUGUUGAAUUGUUCCAGUUGUGCCACUUUUAUUGGCAUAGCUUCCGCUUUAGUUGGUUUUUACGCUUUGGUCGAUCAUAUCUGUAUACAAUGAUCAGUUAUGACU